ACUUGGAUUAUCACUUGCAUUUAUCUUCAACUGCUCCUAUUUAAUCCUCUUGUCAAAACGAAAGGGAUCUGCGGGAAUCUUGUGACUGAUAAUGUAAAAGACAUCACAAAAUUGGUGGCAAAUCUUCCAAAAGACUAUAUGAUAACCCUCAACUAUGUCCCCGGGAUGGACAUUUUGCCAAGUCAUUGUUGGAUACAUGAGAUGGUGAUACAGUUGUCAGUCAGCUUGACUAAUCUUCUGGAUAAGUUUUCAAAUAUUUCUGAAGGCUUGAGUAAUUAUUCUAUCAUAGACAAACUUGGGAAAAUAGUGGAUGACCUUGUGGAGUGUGUGGAAGAAAACUCACCUAAGAAUGUAAAAGCAUCCUCCAAGAGGCCGGAACCCAGACCCUUUACUCCUGAACAAUUCUUUAGAAUUUUUAAUAGAUCCAUCGAUGCCUUCAAGGACUUUGUGGUGGUAUCUGAAACUAGUGAUUGUGUGCUUCCUUCAACGUUAAGUCCUGAGAAAGAUUCCAGAGUCAGUGUCACAAAACCAUUUAUGUUACCCCCUGUUGCAGCCAGCUCCCUUAGGAAUGACAGCAGUAGCAGUAAUAGCAAGGCUGAAAGUUCCAUUGCAGACUCCAGCCUACAGUGGGCAGCCAUGGCGUUGCCAGCAUUCUUUUCUCUUGUAAUUGGCUUUGCUUUUGGAGCCUUAUACUGGAAGAAGAAACAACCAAAUCUUACAAGGGCAGGUGAAAAUAUACAGAGUAAUGAAGAGGAUAAUGAGAUAAGUAUGUUGCAAGAAAAAGAGAGAGAGUUUCAAGAAGUGUAA